CGUUAAAAGACUAAACAAAUGUGUAUGAAGGCAUUUAAAAUUCAAUUUUGUUUUGUUUUUCUUUAUAAUGAGACCGCAGAUCGGUCUAAAUGGGACAAAUUUUAAGAAGAAAGUGUUUCGUUAAUAAAUAAUGCCACUAAUUGGUUAAGUUUGUUUGGGAUCAAUUUAAAAGUGUGGGAAUUUCUAAUAUGAGUCAUACAAGUGAACAAAAUCCUCUAUCACAGCCUCUUAGGGUAGAAACUGAUGAUAACAGUGUCCACACCGAUAGCAACAACUAUUUCGAGGAAAAGGACAGUUUCAGCCAAAACAACGAUCAUGAUGAUUCAGACUCAUUGGGGCCUCUGCCCACCAAGUGGGAAAAGGCAUACACCGAAAGUGGGGAAGUCUAUUUCAUCGAUCAUUCGACUGGGACUUCGCAUUGGCUGGACCCACGGCUAUCAAAAUUCCAAAAAAAAUCCCUAGAAGACUGCCUGGACGACGAGCUUCCGUACGGCUGGGAAAAAAUCAGCGACCCGCAUUACGGCACGUAUUUCAUUGAUCACGUGAACCGUAGAACGCAAUACGAAAAUCCGGUGAUCCAGGCGAAGCGAGCGGCCUCUCAGCCUUCGACGAGAGCGAGUCGCACCUCGUUUACCAAAGAUCCGUCCGAGUUGUGCGGCCAGCGAUUUCGCACCUCGCUGGUGAAGUCAUCGAGAGGGCUCGGGUUCACGAUCGUGGGCGGCGACGACGGCGUCGACGAGUUCCUGCAAAUCAAGUCGGUCGUGCCGAAAGGGCCGGCCUGGCUCGACGGGCAGCUGCAAAUGGGCGACGUGAUCGUCUACGUGAACGACACCUGCGUGCUGGGCUACACGCACAACCAAAUCGUCAGGUUGUUUCAGUACAUAAGCGUCGGCUCGACGGUUUCCUUGGAGGUUUGCCGAGGUUACCCGUUGCCGUUCGAUCCGAACGACCCGAACACCGAAGUGGUGACCACCAUAGCGGUGGACGGGCAUUUGCAGCCGAUAGCGAACGAUAAGAGGCUCUUGGAUACGAACUACAACUUUUUGGACGGCGACGAUAUUUCGCGCGGCGACGAAGACACCGCCGACGAUAUCGAUGACCUGCUGAAGGGUAUCAGUAGCCUUACUUUGGGCAAAGUCGAAGUGCGCGUGCGUAUAGUCAAAGGUAACCUCGGCUUUGGCUUCACCAUAGCUGAUAGCGCGUGCGGACAACGCGUCAAGAAAAUACUCGACCGUCAAAGAUGCAAAAACUUGAUGGAAGGCGACAUAUUGCUGGAAAUUAACGAAGUACCUCUACAAAACAUGUCGCACGACGAUGUGGUGCAAGUGCUGAAAAAUUGCCCUUACAACAGCGAAGCCACAAUAUGCGUGCAGCGCGGCUGCGCCAACAAUAAAACGCCAAAUAUUAGAAAUAAGCCUAGAAAGUUAGAUAAUAGAUUCGGUGGCAAGGACAUAGGCAGCGCCUACAGAAGCAAGACACCGACAGCCGACAUAUACAGCACGCAGCCCAGAGAAGUGCUGCCCAGCAGGCCGAAAACGCCUCUGGUGGACACGCGAAGCCUCUCCAAGACGCCCGUAAAAGACCUCAACUCGAACGGCAAUCACGAAAUGUUCAGGCGCGAGUUCUCGAGCGAAAACUUCAACGCGGAACGCACCGGGCUGCGCCUCUCGCUCAUCGACAACCCCGACGAGGACGUCGACAUCGACAUACCGGAAACGGCGAUGCCGCCCCUAGCCAAGCCCUCCUACGAGUUCCCCCCGCCGGUCGACCCCAAGUACGGUCUGUACAUGCCCGUGCCGCACCGGUACGACUGCGCGUGCUUCGCUUGCGCCAAUCAGCGCGCAGGACCCGCCGACGCCGACAAAAACGGCUACGACUGGUGGUACUCGUCGAGAAAUGUCGAGUACGUUACGACAGCUGUCACUUUGAGCAGGCAGGAGACCGGCUUCGGAUUCAGGAUUGUCGGAGGGAUUGAAGACAAAUCGCAGGUAGCGGUCGGUCACAUUGUGACAGGCGGCGCCGCCGACGUGGACGGGCGCAUCCGUUCGGGCGACGAAAUCGUCAGCGUCGACGGGCUCUCGGUUCUAAAAGCCUCGCACCGCCAGGUCGUGCAACUAAUGAACGCGGCGGCGGCUCGCGGCCAAGUGAAUCUCAUACUGCGCAGAAAAGUCUAUCCCGGACCGCCAGUGAACGCGCAGGCCUAUCCCGUGCCGUGGCCGCACGACGCUUCCCCCUCCACCAACGCCGCUGCCAAUGCGCUUGCGCAGCCCUUGGCGGUCGCCACGCAGCACCACGCGGGCCCCACCUACGACGUCGCCGUGCAACGCACGGAAAACGAGGGCUUCGGAUUCGUCAUCAUCUCCUCAGUCAACAAGAUCGGAAGCACAAUAGGUCGUUUGAUCGAAGACAGUCCGGCUGAACGUUGCGGCAGGUUGCGCGUGGGAGACUACAUCGUUGCGGUCAACCACAUCGACAUUAUGCACCUGAGUCACGGGGACAUUGUGAACUUGAUCAAGGAGUCCGGCCUCUCCGUCACGCUCACGAUCGCGCCCAAUCAAGAUCUCUGAUUCGCUAUGCGCAGAACGACGGCCGACGGCUGCGCGGUAAGAAAUAAUUAUUAUCGCCGAAUCGAAAGGUCUGAGUAACACCUAGAUGUAGUUGGUGCAGUGUUUUUUGAAUUUAAAUAAUAAAGUUACUGGGUGUUCCUAAGACGUUUUGUCUGGUGUAAAUAUACACAAUAAAUGCCUACACAGGGUGUACUUGUUAAAUUUGGUAGCUAGGAUAUUUGACAUGGUAGUUAAAUAAUCAAAAUUUAGAUUUUUGUGAUAAAGAUGAAUUUAUUGUUGUGCAGUUAAAGGGCCUUAAUUUUAAAGAAUUUUAGAGUUGCAGCAUGUUAGAUAGGGCUUAGUAUGUGUAAUACAACAGUGUCUGCCAAAAAUUAAUAAGUGUCCCUUCUCCCUUACGAAAUAUUUACUCUUUAAAUGUUAAGUAAUAAUUUAUAUAUUAGAUAGAAUAUUUUUUGUUAUAUUAUAUUAUAUAUAGCAAAUAGAUUAUAUAGUGAACCUAUGUAAGCUCAAUGUUGUUUAACUGAUAGAUGUCAGUGAACGUUUUUAAAACCAAAUUUAAAUAUUAAAUAAAAAUAACGUAUGUUAAUGUGAUAGCAUAAAAUCUCACUGCCUAAUUAGUAAAUUUAAUAUGUUUUAUAGUGACGGACAUUUUAACAGAAUUCUCUGUAAAUCCAUUGUUUGACUGAUCAAUAUUUUAUUUAUGUAAUUAAUUAAUUCGAAU